GCUUUAGCCUUCAUGCAACGAAGUGUAAUAAGUGCUAGAUUACAAAGUAUUUUACAAUUGAGAUGAUCUCCAAAUGUCUGAAUUUAUUAAUUCACUGAUAGCCCUUUGCUGUGGAAAUCUGCAAAACACUCCUAACUCUGGAGAACCACUAAGUUACUUAGCAACAGCAUAAAUUACACCUUAAAGUGGGCAUGAGCAGAAAUAGAGAGUUGUGCAUUGGACUCAUGGCAAAUCUCAUCAUCAUUACAGCUGCAAAAUUCAGGUCAGAACACUUUUAAUGGCCUAAAAAAUAACAGCUGUACUUUUCCGGAGGGAAAGUUCCUCGUGAACAGUUUCCGAACAAAGCUGCGCGGAAGAGCGCUCUAUGCACGGCGGAGUGAAGAAGCCUCAUCGGUACAGGCCCGUCACCGUGGCUCUAAGGGAGAUCCGGCACGACCAGAAUGAGCUGCUCAUCCGCAAACUACCCUUCCAGCGCCUGGAGCGUGAGAUCACUCAGGACUUCAAGACAGACCUGCGCUUCCCGAGCUCGGCCGACAUGGCCCUGCAGGAGGCCAGUGAGGCUUACCUGGUGGGGCUCUUUGAGGACACCAACCUGUGCGCAGUCCAUGCCAAGCGAGUCACCAUCAUGCCAAAAGACAUCCAGCUGGCCCGCCACAUCCACGGGGAGCACGGCUAACUCCACCUCUCCACCAAGAACAAAUGGCUCUUUUAAGGGCCACUAAUCCUGGGCAGUGGGCAGGUGCUAUAGACCUGCACGGGAAGGUAGACGCUCCAGCUCCCACGAGUCUCAGGCUCUUCAGCCUGGGAAGGCAGUCCAUCUAGGAGGGGGAAAACUCUGAUUUAAAACCUCCACUGCAUUGUGGCCAUAUCCAGUCAUGGAAAAGGCUCCAGGAGUAAACUUCAAGAAAAUCCAGACACGGAGCCCCAAAGGUAGUUUGUCGUUGUCUACAACCUUGCUCUGGCAGCUCCUGCGAUGGCGCUAGUGCCAAACUGCAACGGCCCUGCUGUUCCUUUGGAUCGAUCAGCGACGUGGAGAGGGGGGAUGUGCUGCAUGGGCAACAGCCUGUCCUCCAUAUGACAUCACCCAGGCUUGCAUCCAACCAGGAUGUAUCACCCAGGGUUAGUCAUGACCGAGGGAGACCUACUAACUGAUGGUGAACAACAGUGCAGCUUUGACAGAGCAACUGAAAUACAAUGAGGAGACUGAGAGAGAUUUUGGCAGAAUA